GCUUUGCCAUUGAAUCUCGGGAGAGAGCAGGGAGGACUUCAGGCAUGCAGCAGAAGGCGGAGGCCUUGCAGCCGGGUCCCGGGAAGGUUGACUCACAAUCACACAAGUAAGGGUAUCUUUCCAGUGCUGGAGGUGACUCAAAAGAAGGAGAAGGAGAUGGAAGAACAGGGCCCAGAAGAACCUGGAAUUGGCAAGAGAUCAAGGAAGGAGCUCCAUCUCAUCCAAGCAGGGAGUGCUGCUGAAUACAUUUGGGAAAGUGUUGUGCCAGAAAUCUUGGCUCAGGAGACUCUGACCACGGGUAUGCACAACCGAUGCUUCCGACAGUUCCGCUACCAUGAGGCCGAGGGGCCCCGAGAGGUUUGCAGCCAGCUCCAUGGACUUUGCAUCCAGUGGCUGAAGCCGGAGAGGUACUCCAAGAAGCAGAUCCUGGACCAGGUGAUCCUGGAGCAGUUCCUGGCCAUCCUGCCCCAGGAAAUGCAGUGCUGGGUCAGAGGAUGUGAGCCGGAGACCAGUUCCCAGGCGGUGGCCCUGGCGGAAGGUUUCCUGCUGAGUCAGGCAGCGGAGAAGAAGCAGGCAGAGCAGAGAUGGGGGCCAUCCAUGAAGAUGGAAACGACAUUCCCUGAGGCAGAAGGAGCUCCAUCCGAGGAAGGGCAGAGGGCUCUGGCCCAGGAGGGUGCCCAAGAUGCCCUCUCAUGCGUCGAUGCACAGAUGCUCUCAAGCUGUCAUCUUUGCACAGAUGUGGAAGCAGCUGCUGAACCUCUGGUCCAGUGUCCCUUUUCCUUCGAGGAGGUGGCCGUGUAUUUCACGGAGGCCGAGUGGGCCUUGUUGGAUCAGGACCAAAGAGCCCUCUACAAGGAGGUGAUGCUGGAGAACUAUGGGAGCGUGGCCUCUCUGGCCAAAGACGUCAAGGAGACAGCUGAGGAAUUCCAGGAGUUCUCAUUGGAAAGAGAUGAGAAAGAAGAGUCUGAAUAUAACUUCCGGGAUCGAGAUGGACCAGAGAGGCAGGAAGGAAGCCAGGGUGACAAGACAAGGGAAAUACCCAAUCCCUCCCGAGGAAGGAAUUUCCAUGGAAUAAGUCACAUGGUGGAAGAAACACACAUAUACUUGGACUGGGAACUGAAUUGUUCAGAUCAAACUCAGUAUGAUAUUGAUUUGCAAAAGCACCCUGCCCAUAAUUGUUUGCAGUGUGGAAAGAGCUUCCAUUGUGGGGAGGAGCUCAUUGCACACCAACGAAUCCAUAUAGGAGAGAAACUGUAUUGCUGCUCAGACUGCGAUGAGAGUUUCUCAGAGAAAUCGAGCCUUUUGCAACACCAGAGUUCCCACCAUUCAGAAGGAGAGCCAAUGAUCUACGCAGAGAGUGGGAAGAGUUUAUUGGAUGGGAAGGUACAUAAAUGCUUUCUGUGUGGAAAGUGUUUCAAGUGCAGAUCGCAUCUCCUUUUGCAUCAGACAACCCAUGCGGAGGAGAAACCUUUUGAAUGCUUAGAGUGUGGGAAGAGAUUCCAACGCAGUGUUGAUCUUCGAGGGCAUCAGCGAAUCCACACAGGGGAGAAGCCCUUUGAGUGCUCCGUGUGUGGAAAGAGAUUCACUCAGAGUGGCAAUCUUCAAAGGCAUCGAAGAACUCACACAGGGCAGAAACCUUUCGAGUGCUCAGAGUGUGGAAAGAGCUUUAAAUGGCAAGGCCAUCUUCAGCGGCAUCAGAGAACUCACGCAGGAGAGAAAACUUCUGAAUUUUCAGAUUGUGGAAAGAGCUUCAGCCGGAGUGGGGAUCUUCAGCAGCAUCCGAGAACCCACAGAGCUGAGAAUCCUUUUGAAUGCUUAGCGUGUGGAAAGACAUUCACCUGUAAAGGCCAACUUCAGGAGCAUCAAAGAAUCCACACAGGGGAGAAGCCAUUUGAAUGCUCCGAGUGUGGAAAGAGAUUCCGUUGGAGCGUCAAUCUUCAGCAGCAUCAAAGAAUCCACACAGGGGAGCAGCCUUUUGAAUGCUCCGUGUGUGGAAAGAGAUUCAGUUGGCGUGGCAAUCUUCAGCAACAUCAAAAAAUCCACACAGGGGAGAAACCUUUCGAAUGCUCCAAGUGCGGAAAAAGAUUCACACAGAAAUCCCACCUUCAACAACAUCAAAAAACUCAUAAAAGGGGAAAUCACGUAGCUCCUCAGACCUCUGACAAGACCUUCCUCGAGUUUCACACCGUAAUACAACCACAGACUACACAGAGUUGAAACCUUUAAAACUAUAGGAAAGAGUGCGCGUCUGCUCAGAAACUGUACUGAAAUCAUAGAAAAGAAACACAAUUCAAACCCGGGAGCAGCGGUAUAAAUGCUCAGAUUGUGGAAGGAGCUUUGGUCAUGAAUAAAGACUCUAGUGGGAAGGUGGCAAGGAUGUGUUCUGGGGGGGGGGGGGACGACAGUGCGGUAGGAUUAUUAUUAAAACACAAGUUUUAUUAGUGAUUCUGCAUGGUUUCACAAGCUUGGCAGAUUGUAUCAGGUUCAUCAGACAGUCAGUCAUGCAACCGGCUAGAUUCCCUCCUUGUCUUCCUGGUCACCAACCCUUCUCUGCAGCUCAGGAGCCCUUAAAUCCUCUCCAGCCCCACCUGGAGAAGGGCUGGGCUUCAAACAGUCUCAGCCUCUUGGUGACCCUACAACUGAUGCAGUUGCUCCUGAAGCCUCCUUAGUCCCACCUGGCAAAGGGCUUUGAUCCAAGAAGGCUUGGCCCUUGGGUGAACUCUCACAAAUGGAAACUGUCUUCACGUACCCCCUUCCCAUGGCACCAUAGAAUCAUAGAGUUGAAAGGGACCAUACAGACCAUCUAGUCCAGGGGUGGCCAAACUUGCUUAAAUGUCAGAUGUUUGAGAGCCACAAGACAAGGAAGGAAGGAAGGAAGGAAGGAAGGAAGGAAGGAAGGAAGGAAGGAAGGAAGGAAGAUGGGGAGGGAGUGGUGGAAAGAAAGCAACUUUAAAUGCAUUCUCCAAUGUGCUUGGAUAAGCACUUUAAAGAGAAAUGCCUUCUUCAAGCCAGUCAACGUGGUGGGGGCUUUGAGAGCCACACAAUAUGUGUGAAAGAGCCACAGUUUGGUCACCCAUGAUCUAGUCCAACCCCCUGCUCCAUGCAAGAACCCCUUGCACCAUAAUAGUAUUGGAUAUUGUAACUGUGCAUGCAAGAGGAUCUGGGAGGGAAUAGAUAAGAGAAUUCUCUCACUCCUACACUUGGUGGUUGGCCCCACCAUCUCCUCAGUUUGAUGUUGAGCCCCUUUGGCCAUUCCUUGCCGCCUCCUCCUCCUCCUCCUCCUUCUUCUUCUGUAGGACCUCUCUUCUCACUCUUAGCUGGGCUUGGAGCUGUAGAAAGAUAACCUUUUUGAAGUUAAUCUGUUCAUGAUAAGUUAGAGGCACCAAUGUGUAUAUGUCAUGCAAAAUGUUCUUCUAUUUAUGUGAAUAAAAUUCCUUUCUCUUGU